AUGUUGACAAACAGCGACGGGCGCAUUUACAAAACCGGGCUUCCCUUACCAAUGCCAUUAAGAUACGAAGCCAUUCAUCUAGCUGCAAGCAUGCCAAUACGCGAAGUAGGCAGAACGUUGCGUAUUUUGUCUUCGACUGUUUCAAAAUACGUGAAAAUGUAUCGAGAAAAAGGAAACAUUGAACCGUGCCAAAAAAAUCACAUCAGGACACCAAGUAAACUAUCAUUUGACGAUGCUGUAUUAUUGGAAACUAUUGUGCAGAAUAGAGGAUCAACCUCACUCAAAGAAAUGCAAACUGAGUUAUCGGAAUUUGGUGAUUGCGGAGACGUUUCAACUUCGACUAUAUCGAGACAUGUUCGUAAUAGACUACCAAGUAUGAAAAACUAUUCUCGCAAACGAAUGGGAAAGUGUGCAUCCGCUAGAUUUACGCAUGAAAAUCUUAUCUAUACGGAAUUAUAUCUUGACUACUUGGCAGCAAAGACCCCGCUUCAGUAA